CUCAACGCUUGCUCAUCAAUACAUCUCUCAGUGUCCUCAUCAAAGUUGAAUUUGCGCGAGAAGACGCAAGAAACCAGCGACAUAAUGGCUGCGAACGCUCGAUAUGAGCCUGCCCCGCAGCGGGACUCCUUUGAGGACGAACCGUACACUCAAGCACCACCCUCCUACCAGGCUACAGCGACUAGCUCGGAGCCGCGCACCGAAGAUGACAACGUACCUGACGACUUCAAGUUUGGAGGUAUGGUCGCGGAGGGAACUAUUGACAUUCGGAUGCAGUUCGUCCGCAAGGUGUAUGCCAUUCUUACCGCCCAAAUUCUCCUCACUACCGUUCUCAGCUCCGUCUCGUUCUUCAACGAGACAUACCGCACUUGGAUUCAGGGCAACUUUUGGCUCAUGAUCAUCUCCGUCUUUGGCGCCCUCGGUUUCAUGCUCGCAACCUACUGGAAGCGCAAAUCCUACCCAACAAACCUGCUGUUCCUCUCUGGCUUCACUUUGAUGGAAGCGUACUCCAUCAGUGUGGUGACAUCUUUCUACGAAUCGCGGGUCGUGGUGCAGGCACUGGUCCUGACGUUGGGUAUCUUUGUCGCGCUCACUCUCUUCGCCUGCCAGACCAAGUAUGAUUUUACCAGCUGGAUGCCGUAUCUCUUCGGCGCGCUGUGGUUCAUGAUUCUUUUCGGAUUCGUGGCCAUGUUCAUGCCGUUUGGUAGCACUGCAGAGCUCAUCUAUGGUGUGUUGGGUGCACUGAUUUUCUCCGGGUACAUCCUCGUGGAUACCCAGCUCGUUAUGCGACACUACCACGUCGAGGAGGAGAUCGCUGCCGCUAUUGCGCUGUAUCUGGAUAUUCUGAAUCUCUUCCUUUCGAUUCUGCGCAUCCUGAACAGCCAGAACAACAACUAAACGGAUGAAGUAUUAGUGAACAGAGAUAUGAGGACAUCUCUCGGGCGUCGACACUUUUGCAAAUUUUCAGUUCGGACACUCACUUCGCAACCCUGGAUCCCAGGUGCUUCCCGAAGCUAAUCCUGCAGGAUAUGGUAUUAUCCUUCUGCAUUCCUUUUCGAUGGUAGCUCAUGGCUUUCGAACAUGAUGUUGUCUCUCUUGUCUCUCUUGCUUCCCCCCUCCCCUAAGCCCCCUUUCACGGGUUCAGCCUUCGGUUCUCAAUGUGCCGUUGGUCCACAGGUAGCAUUACUCGCAAAUAGUAUAGCCACCUUGAUUGGAUUGUUAAUAAGAAUAUUUGACUAGCUUGAGUACUCUCCAGUAUGUGUGUUUACUUAUCAGACUACCGUUCUCGCAUCUCAAGCGUGAUAUUGCAAUCAUAUAGGAAACGUAGAUUCGAGCCAGAGAUACUUCUUGUAAUCUAACUCUCCUGGUCCACGAUAAGACUUGAAGAUUCUUUGACGAGCCGGUGGAGUCGAGGUUCUUGGGUUAAUGGCUUCGCUAUAGACUCUCAUAAGUUACGUUCGAAUUGGGAGUAGGCGUUCUAAUUAAGGCUAAGUUUUGGUUCACUCCCACGUAUCAGUAUCAACGGCACGGCAACCACAGCGAUCAUGAAGGCAUAUGCUAACAAAACGGGCUCUCAUCGGUGAUGUCCCCUCGUCUUAUGACCCAUGUGAUGGUCACUCCGUUUCGCGACAACACACUUUUCUUCGGCAUGGUUGUUCGUCGCGUCGAUUAUCUUCUGUGCUAUGGCUUGCU